CAAAGCAUGUUGAGGGUACUUGAUGGGUAAGCUCUGUAUUGUGUUUACAGGAAUGAGUGGUGCCCCUAGCUUGACAUGGAUUCUGCAGGUCCACAUGACCCCAAAAAAUUGCAGCUCCAAUUCUCAUCUUCCUGCAUCCACACACCUCUCUCUCUCUCUCUCUCUCUCUCUCUCUCUCUUAUUCUCUAGUUUCUCUCUCUUCCAAUUUCCAGUCACAUUCUAGAGAGAGAAGAUGAUGGUGGUGAGGAGGGAAAGAGAGUAGUGGAAGGAAAAGGAUGAGUUUGUUAUGCAGUCCAUGGCCUGUCAUUUUGCUCACUAUGCAUUUUCAUCCUCACCAAACAGAGAUUACUGUUUUAUCACCAAAUGCUGCAAUUUCAAGCCCUCAAAGCCUUCCUCACCUGUUAUGCUUUCUUCCCUCAGUGACAGGAGACCCUCUUACAAUACCCUUGUCUUCCAGGCUGUGAGGCUUUUGGGUCCUCCAGCACGAUUUGAAGCUUCGAAGCUGAAAGUUGUGUUUACGGGAAAUAAGAUGGAUAAGUAUGCUAGAAUUUUGCCAAGAACCUACACCCUCUCCCAUUGUGAUUUUACAGGCAAUCUAACAUUGUCAAUCUCAAAUGUUAUCAGUCUUGAUCAGUUGAAAGGGUGGUACAGUAAGGAUGAUGUGGUCGCAGAGUGGAAGGAAGUGAAAGGGGUCAUGCAUCUAGAUGUCCAUUGUUAUGUAAGUGGGCCUAAUCCCUUACCAGACCUCGCUGCAGAGUUUAGAUACUACAUUUUCUCCAAGGAGUUGCCUUUGGUACUUGAGGCUGUGGUGUGCGGUGAUUCUGUACUUUUCAGAGAGCAUCAAGAAUUGAUGGAUGCUAUAGUUCGGGUUUAUUUUCAUUCUAGUUCAAAGAAGUACAAUCGCGUCGAAUGUUGGGGCCCUCUUAAAGAUGCUGCAAAGGGAAAACGAGAAGAUCAAAUCCAUGAUUUACUGAGUGGAAGUAAGGAAAGUUCCCAUCCUUCCAAGAACUGGGGAAGUCCAAAAUCGAUCUUCCAAGCUCUUGUCACCUUCCUUCUUUGAAUAUUAUAAGUACAGCAACAGUUCAUCUGCAACUCUGAUCUGACUCCUCCAAUGCUGGUAUAUACUUCGAGCACUGGAGUUCAUUGAGCUUUUAAAUUGGGAAAUUCAGCAUUUUAACAUUUCCCAUCUCAAGUUGCAUACACACAAGGAUUAUUUUCAAUAUCAUUUGAUUCUUUUGUACUUAUCAUGAACGGGAAUCUUGACUCAAAAUUCUUGUAAUUCAAGACACUUUUCAUCCAUCAAUUCAUUGCUGAUCUACAUGUAUUGUUUCUUUUUUGAUUCA